UCCAAUCAGACCUGAAAAUCCCUGAUUUUUGACUUUGUUGAUUUUAAUUUUGAUUUGACCAAAAUACUUGUCACUUUUUAUUAUUUAAAAAAAAUGAUUUUGACCUAUAGAAAACGUCCGGAUUUUCAAAAUUGUUUUUUAGCGUUGACAAUCCUUCUGCUUAACAAACCUGCUUUCUCGCAGCCUCAAACGGUAAACUUAACUCAUCUAAUAUCUGGCGGAACUCCUUUCGAUGAAAAUGACCUUGCUAAAUACGUGGCAUCAAUUCAGAUAAAAUCACAUCAAAAGUCCAAGUUUGGGUGGCAUCAUUUCUGUGGUGGUACAAUAAUUUCUUCGAAAAAAAUUCUCACAGCUGCUCAUUGCUUGUUUAAGAACACAGGUAGAUUAUUGAAGCCCUACGAGCUUGUAGUUGUCGUCGGGCUGCGUCAACGUUUCACUCGUACAAGCCACACUCAAGUUAUGAACGUUGAUGUUGUAAAAGCCCACAGGCAAUUUAGACGUUACAAAACUUUAUUCGCUGAUGUGGGAUUGUUAAUUUUGAAGGAUGAUAUCAUUUUCAAUGAACAGCAUGUAGCCAAAAUUGAUCUCCCUGACUCGGAGAUACCUUUGACAGACGACUUCUGUACAGUUAUUGGUUGGGGAAAGAUCUUUGAUAAAGGACCAACAUCGGAUAGAAUUCUAUUCACUUCUGUUGAAAUUCUCAAUAGCAACGAUUGUAAGAGGAAAUACGGUUCAUCGUUUACUCCUGGAAUGUUUUGUGCUGGUUAUUCCGAUGAAUGGAAUAGAGAUUCAUGUUCAGGUGAUUCUGGUGGGCCAUUGAUUUGUGAUGGCAAAAUUUUUGGUAUAGUAUCUUGGGGAAUUGGAUGUGGCAGAUGGGAAUUACCUGGAGUCUAUACAAAUGUUUCUCACUACAAGGCUUGGAUAUCAAAUGCAUUGUGUUUAAGGGCAAAUUGUUGUAUGAUUGUAAUUAUUGUAUUUUUAAAUUAUUUUCUACAGAAAAAAUAAACUUACGAGUAGAUAAAGAUAUUC